AUGCCAGCAGCUCCAGAUCUCGUUGGUUUGUCAGGAGUAGUAGCGGGCGGUGAAAACCUAAGUGCCGGAGAAAAGCCCUCCAACCAAAGUUCACCGUACUCGCCUGAGGCGACGGCCGCCUUCGCCACCGUUAUCACUGUCAUGAUGCUCUUCACCAUCUUCGGCAACAUCCUGGUCAUCAUCGCUGUUUUGACCAGUCGCUCUCUGCGGGGGCCACAGAACCUGUUCCUGGUGUCGCUGGCGGCCGCUGACAUCCUGGUGGCUACUCUCAUCAUCCCGUUCUCCCUGGCCAAUGAGCUGAUGGGAUACUGGUACUUUUGCUCCAUAUGGUGUGAGAUCUAUCUGGCACUGGAUGUGUUUUUCUGCACCUCUUCCAUCGUCCACUUGUGUGCCAUCAGCUUGGACCGCUACCUGUCCAUCUCUCGACCCGUGAAAUACAGCUCUCAGCGAACGCCUCGGCGCAUUAAAGGCGCCAUCGUGGUGGUGUGGCUUAUUGCUGCCAUUAUCUCUUUCCCUCCGUUGCUUUCCAUGAACAAAAGCCCAGACGUGGCCGAGGACAAGGACAGACCGCACUGCAAACUCAACGACGAAAGCUGGUACAUCCUCUACUCCACUGUCGGCUCCUUCUUUGCCCCCUGUCUCAUCAUGAUCCUGGUUUACAUACGCAUCUAUCAGAUCGCCAAGCGGCACACACGCUGCCCCCCCGGCGAGCCCAGGAAAGACGGAGCGGCCGCCACUCCGCAGGGGGCUCGGGAUCAAGCGCAGACGAACAGAAAGAGCCGUCAUUCGGUGGGCCCCUCUCAGCACGGCUCUGAGAUGUCUCAUACCCCUCGGGGCGGGCUCCACUCCAAACCCGGGCGGGGUGAACAGCAGAGCAUAAGAUCAGAAAAGCCAAGGGACAAUAACAAUGACGACACGUCAAGCUCCGGGUCCGACGUGGACACGCCAGGUGGGCGCGGAUUCAGUACGACGUCCAGGAAUGUGGAAACCGCUUCGAGAGGUAACGACACACCGUCGCUAGUGCAGAGAUACAGGGAAAUGAUCGCCACCUCAAAGGGCGCCCAGCUGGCAUCUCCAAACGCCAAGCCGGUGGGGACACCCAACACGAGACGUAAGGCCCUGAUCAGUCGAGAGAAGCGCUUCACCUUCGUUCUGGCCGUCGUCAUCGGGGUGUUCGUGAUCUGUUGGUUCCCUUUCUUUUUCUCCUACAGCCUUCAGGCCAUUUGUCCCGAGGCGUGCAAAGUGCCCGACAGUCUGUUCACGUUUUUCUUCUGGAUCGGUUACUGCAACAGCUCCCUUAACCCUCUCAUCUACACCAUCUUCAACAAGGACUUUCGCAAGGCCUUCAAAAAGAUCCUGUGCAAAAAUGCCAAGACCUCCUUCUUCUGA